ACAGCCAGCUCAGCACCCACCUCGAGGUGCACCUGCCCGCAUUUACGCACUUGACCAGGAGCAGGCCGCCGAGCAGCCAGGUACCAUGUCUGGCAUGCUCUUUUUACUCGAUGUACCUGUCUUUGCUUUGUUCGAUACCGGGGCGACACAUUCGUUUGUCUCGACCAAGUGUCUAGAGGCCAUAGGGGUUCAGGGUGUGAGUGACGUCGACCCCCUCGAGAUCAGCCUAGCUUCGGGGAGGAAGAUAGUCACGAGUUCCCUGGCCAAGAACCUUAGCAUGUGUAUUGGAGGCAGAACUCUAGAGGUAGACGCAUUCGUGAUCGAGAUGAGGGACUUUGACCUUAUUCUCGGCAUGGAUUGGUUGGA